AUGAAUUUGAGGGAGGAAUUCGAGAGAGAAAAUAUAUCUCCGUCUAAUGGCAUUUCAUCUCCAUGCAACAGCCUAUCAUCUCCAUCAAACAGAACAUCAUCUUCAUCAACUUCACGAAGUUUAAGUAAUAAAAAACCUGAACCUGAUCCCCUUGCAGAACGCUUGAACCAAUUCGAUAAGCUAAAAACGUCACUUACAACCGUAAGUCCACCUAGCAGUGUUUUUCCUUCAAGUAGUAAUAAUGAAGAUAUUAUUGAUCCAAAUCCAGUCGUCCAUCCUUCAAGUUUAACUAAUAAAAGGCAUGAGCAUACAAAUUAUGGAUGCCACCAAUGCUUGGAACUUAAGAAUGAAAAUGAAAGGUUAAACACUGAACUACAAGAAGUAAACAAUCGAUGUAAAGAGUUACUAGAACUAAAUAUGAAAUAUCAGCAUCAAUCGAUAGCUUUAUGUCGAAAUAUUGCUGAAAAGCUUUCUAACAUUAAUGAACCUCGUGCUGCUGAGACAGAACCGCAAAAUCCAUUGCUUGAAAAAUCAGCAAAGAUAGGACAGGUAUCAGAAAGCGGAGACCAGAUUCAUCUGGGCGGUGAUGAGUGGAUAAAAUUAGAGCGUUAUAGAGAAUUAAUGCUCUGUAGAAAAAAGACGUCUAUUGUGGGCACAUUGUUAAAAUAUCUAUUUACGAACGAAGAGUUGAAACAAUGCACCGUCACUGGCAAAGUUUCAAACCGCAAGAGGGUCCGAGUGGGGGCGGAGGAGACCAUCAGAGAAGUGGAGAAGUUAGAUUCGAGAAGAGUUUUAAUAUUAACAGAAUUUUUUCGUUAUUAUUGUACCAAGGAGCUAGGUAUGGAUAAAUGGGAAGCUGAUAUGGAAAUAACCUCUGUCCCACAAAUAAUAAGCACGAAAUUAGCAGCAAUUCGAUAUGAACCAAUAAAGAAAUCAAAUGGGAGUAAAAAGCGAAAGAAGGAUAAUCAAGCAGUUAAUCCUAAUACCCAGGAUAAUGCAACUGACCCGCUUGAUGGUGAUUAUGAAAUCAUUGAAAUCAUAGAAAUGGAUGAUAUGGAGUUAGAUAUAAAUAAUGUAACCAUGGAGGAUACUAUGAUUCUGAGU